AUAAGAUUUUUUGGGUAUCAUCUGAGGUGUUUGUAGGAUCUUACUGUCCCAGGAUGUAUGCAAUAUGUAUCCUCCCUUCCUCACACUGAUGUAACUAUGGGGAUUUUGUGAAGGUUUGUGUCCCGCCCACUUUGGUCAUAAUGAGAUGGUUUAAGGAAGAACUUUCACAGUGUCAUUUGAAUUGAGACUGAUUGCGUAUCAGAAACCGUACUCAAGUUUCUAUUGCAGUGAUGUUGGAUCAGGUGGUCUUAAUAGCAGCUGUUACGGUGCUGGGACUUUUGGAACAAGCAUAUUUCUCUCUUAUGGUGAUCUAUGCUCGGAGGAAAUAUUCAGUCUCUCCUCCAGCCACUGCAGGACCACCAGAGUUUGAGAGGAUCUAUAGAGCUCAGGUAAACUGUUCAGAAUAUUUCCCCAUAUUUGUCUUCUCUCUUUGGUUGGCUGGAGUUUUCUUCAGUCAAGGUAUGGCUGUGUUCAUUGGUCUUCUGUAUCUUUACGGACGGUUCCUGUACUUCCACGGUUACGCCGAAUCGUCUGAGGGCAGAUUGGAGCCUCUGUACUUCUGUGCAAAGGUUCAGUGGGCGCUGAUAGCUUUAGCUGGGUUGGGUAUCAUCUGCACCAUGACUGAAGUUUAUCUUGGACUGGACAUGUUUCACACCUUAAGUCAUGUUGUGGGUUUCAAUGAACACUCAUAGACAAAAUGCAUUGGAUGUCUCUUUUCUCAUUUUACUGUAGCUGUGUGUGUUAUUAUAUUUAAAUAACGAAAUGUUUAACUUAUUUUACUUUACCUUUAAAAUACACUACAGAGAGUAACAUUUAUACAGUUUUUAUCCAAAGCAACUUAGAGUGCAUAACAAGGUAUACAUUUUUAUCAAUAUGUGGGAUUAAACUCAUGACCUUUAUGCAGUGAUCUACCACUGAGCUAUACAGAGUUGGCGUAGUGUCUCUAACAGUGUCAUGGUCAUGAGUUUGAUCUCAAGGAACGCCUCAAAGUUAUUUUGAGAUGUUUGUGAAAUAUGAUUGUCUAGUGUUUUGCACUUUCUCUUUUGAACACCAAGUGGUGCAAUAAUGCUUUGUACAUUUUUGAUCAUCUAAAAUUAACUUAUAAGUAGUGCUGCCUCACGAUUAGU